CGCCUGGCUAAUUUUUUAAAAAUAUUUUUCGUAGAGACUGGGUUUCACCAUGUUAGCCAGGAUGGUCUUGAUCUCCUGACCUCGUGAUCCACCUGCCUCGGCCUCCCAAAGUGCUGGAAUUAUAGGUGUGAGCCACCGUGCGUGGCCAAUUUUCUUUUUUAUAAAGAAAUGGGGUCUUGCCAUGUUGUCCAGGCUGGAAUGCAGUGGCUAUUCACAGGCAAGAUCAUGGUACACUAUAGCCUCCAACCUUGAACUCCUGGGCUCAAGCGAUCCUCUUGUCUUAGCCUGCCUAAUAGCUGGCUCUACAAGUGUGUGCCACUGCUCCCAGCUCUGGGUGGAUCUUUAACUGUGAGUUUAAGUCAGUCCUGACAAUUUUGGUUCAUUUUAUUGUCCCUGAGAAGCAGCUAGGUAAAUGCGGUCGUUAAAAUACAUGUCUAAGCAGUCUUAGUGGCCUUCUUGGGCUUCCUUUUGCUCCUCCCAAGUUAGAAGUCAGGGCAAGUCCUUCCCCCUGCUUCAUCCUAUCCCCUUAUAACUUCACAUAAAAUAGUGACUAUAAAGAUUUGAAAUCCCUAUGAUUGUGUUGAAGGAGAAGGGUUGAGAGUGAGUGGGUCUUAUUUUCCUCCCUACCUUCCUUGUCAAUUUUGAGCCUGUGUAUUCUAUAGUUUUUUUUUUUUCUUCUCAGUAUCAAACUGAAAUCUUAUUUAUGUCUUUUUCAACUUUAAUAUCCCCACUUUUUGAUCUUUGGAGAUUAGAAGCCAAGUAUGGACAAGAGGAGAGUGGCCAGGGCAUUGAGUAAGCAUGUAUGUACAUUUCGUAAUUUUUGCCAUACCUGGUGGGUUGUGCUGAAUUUCUUGGGCAAAAGGCCUGAAGUUCUGUUACCACCAGGGGAACAGGAAUUGUGGUUGCCAUCAGGAUCACAGCCAGGAGUCUAUUUAUAGUCUGCAGUGAGUGGCUGUGAGCCCACCAUGGUUCUGAAUAUGCCUCCUGCCUUAAAGUUCCCAGUGUUCUUGAAGCGGACCCUGCCCUGGCUGGCCAGACAGUAGUUAAUGAUAAAGUGGACGGCUGCAGGAUGUGGCGCGUGAUGGCCUUGGCGGCUCACAGCCUGCAGGUGCUUGUGCUUUGGCUGACCUGAACCCAGCCAGAGAGCAGGUGCUCCCUGCCCCCAUGCUGGCUUCCUGGCCUUUCUCUGAGCUGGCUUCACUGACAUGGAGCUGAUGGACCACUCGCUAACCAGAGUCCACUUUCUUUAUUCCACAUAUGCCAUGUCAGGUUAAGAUUUAUAACAGGUCAUGAAUUUAGCUUCCUCCUCUCUCUGAGUUCAGGUUGAAUAUCUAGAUUUGCCUUGCAAAAAGGGCCAAGAUCAGCUGACACUUUGCACCUUUUAGCUCACAUUAAGGUAUACGGACUGGAAGGAAAAGGUGAAAAAAUAAGUUCUCACAAGAAAUAACCAGGAAUGGAAAACUUUUUUCUUGCGUUCAUAGCAAUGUAUGAUAUGCGUAUUUAUGUUGAUUCUUGGAUGCUCUAAUGGUGGAGUGAUAGUUUAUGCGUUCAGUUCCUUUUGCAGGUGAUGGAAAACUCCAACCCAGACGAGCCUUAGUAAGAUGAACAUGGAAUGGCUGCCAUUUUAUGGAGUCCAGGGUAAAACAGGUUUUAGAUCUGGGUUGACUCAGGGCUCAAGCAGUAUCCCUAGAGCCCUGUGAUUUCCCCUCCAGUUCCUCCUUUGUCAGUUCCAUUCUCAGCAGGUUCUCCUUUCAUGGUAGCAAAAUGGCUCUGGCAUAUCCUACAUUCAAGUAUAAUGAGAAAAUCACACCUUCUUUUCUAGUAGUUCCUGUAAAAUCCCAAGAAUCACUCUGGGUGGGUUCAGGUCAUGUCACACCCUGCAAUCCAGUGCAGUGUGAUGAUUUCCAACCACACCUCAGCACACAGAAUACGAGGGGGUGUAUCCCAGACCCAGUUCAGGAGUUGUUGCUGGGAAAGAGGGGGAGGAACUGAGGAAGCAUAGAGUUUCUACAGAAUGAUUCCAUGAAGCACAUAUUGGGGACUUUCGUUCUCAUAAAAGAGCACUGUUCUUGGGACCUCAUACAGUGUUGCUUGGUUCUCAAAAAGUACUAAGUUCUUGUGUGGUUUCUGGGUAAGUCUGGCAUCCCCCAGAAGCAGGGAGCCAGUGAUUUUGCUGAUGCCCUUGGGAUGUUCACUGCAGGGUACCAGAUUACAGUAGGUUGUAAUGGAUGCCAUGCCCAGGUAGUUGUGUGGUAUGACAUUAGAUCAAUUAGCUUUCCCUGUACACCAUUACAUUAAAGAGUGUCGCUGGACAGCCAUUCUCAACAUAUGUUUUGUUUGUCUCUGAAAACACGUGUUCUAUUUCUCUCUGACCAUUCAGAUUCAUUUUGAUGACUGUCUUGUCAGCUUGGGGCUGGGGAGAGGGGAGGACAGGCUUCGUUCUGGCAGUGCUUCAGGCUUGGAGCAGCAUCCUGCAGCCAGCACCAUAAGCUGUAUAAUUUGUCCAUGGAGGCCUAUGCAUUAUAGAAAUGAAAAUUCCUUCUCUGACAGCAUUCAUUGCUUAGCACGCAGCAAUUUGGCUGUCAGAAACAGCUGGCCCUGCAGGGUGGGACAAUAGAAAGGCGAGACCCGAGAGAGGCCAGUGCUUACUCAAGUCUCCCACUGUGAGAGGAUCAGGUUACUGAGACUGUCAUUAACAACAGACUGCAAGGGGCUCUGGGCACAGCUUCCAGUGAGCAGGAGCCUGUGGCUCAGACAGUUAGUGAUUUUCCCCUGUUUUGCUGAAUGGAACAAAAAUAAAUAAAUUAAAAAUAAACCAUUAACCUUUGCUGACACUCAGUUGUUCAGUUCUGAUUGUGUCUUCUACUGGGUGAUGAGCAUUUCUGGGGAAGUAAAUCCCUUCUAACCUAAGUAUAGUUAUUGGUGCAUUGCAGAAAACUCAGAAGGGAGUGGGGCUGAGGGGCAGGAUGGAUUGCUUGACACCUGCAUGUUAGAGGGCUGUAAUUUUUGGUUCUACUUACCUAGAAACAAUGCUGAAAGGACCAGUAUUGGAGACCUUAUGAGGCAGGUUUAAACAUGAAGUAGAAAUGGGGUUAUGCGUUCUCCCCAGAUGUACAUACUUGGAAGAGCCAUGCAGCAAGCGGAGGAGAGGAACAGAGGAGCUGUGUGGCUUGACCCUCCUCGGAAUCUGCAGUGUGGCUGGCUCUGUGUGCUUCCUGUAUUGAUUCCAUGACUCACAGAGCAUGAGCUAAGCAGAAAGCAUACUUAAACUACAGAGGAGACAGCUGUCUGUUACAGGAGGACAUAUUUUCUGGGUUUAAUGGCGCCACAUUUUUCCUAAUAGUUUGUACACUAGAAAUGUACUUACUAGUAAUGUCUGCUAAAGGGUCUUUAUUAUUUUUUCCUUUUUGAAAAAAAAAAGAGACAUUCUUUAAAAAAUCACCUUCUAAACAUUAUUCUUGACUUAUUUCACAACAGGACUUCCCAUGUAGGAAAACAGUACCAACAUUUUGUUUUUCUUUUUGUACAAUAAGCAGCUUGUCACUGUGGGUUGUUUUUUUUUUCCCCACCUCUUGAUAGCAAGGGUCUAUCAGAAGUUUAAAGCAAUACAGCGGGAAGUACCUUGCCUUUUUGAAGCGAAUAGCGUUUCAGAGAUAUUGGGCGGCUCAAGGUUAGUUCGCCUGUUGGAAUUCGUUUGUUGUUCAGUGUGGCUGGAACUGUACUUUCUCCUGCUCUCCCUCUAAAUCUGUUUCGCUUUUACAUGAUAGAGGCUGAAGUUCCCAGAUGUUGUUUGGAUUAAAGAGUGUGUGUGGGGAGGGGGGAAAAAAAAAGCUUUCUUGAUGAUAAUAACAGAGUCAGACUGGCUGGUUCUGUACUGACAGGAAAAUGGAGAGAUAAAAACUCCAUUAAUGGUGUGUGCAUUGCCUAAGUAGCCAAUAAAACAAUGCUGUCCUCACUGGAAGCCGGUCCCAGACUGGCAACGCUUCGUGCCAACUGUAGGAGACAACAGCUGCAAAGAGGGGCAGAGAAUUCUAGUCAAGAGUCCACGUUCAAUGACUGGCUUGGGGGGCAGUUCUUUUGUUCUCUUCCUCCUCCUCCUCCUCCUUCUCCUCCUACUUUUGCCCAUUUUCCUUGAUGAGCCCCUCUUAAUGCUCACUGUUCCAGAAAUUGAACCACAUCUGAUUAAAACUUAAUGGUUACUCACAGAAUGAAGUUGGCUGGUAGUUUCCAAGCCUGUUUGUCUGGUUUCCUUUGAGUUUGUGACAAUAGAAAUUGUUAUUUUGUAUAAAAUGUAUCUAAGGGUUACAGUCCUUAAAGUUUGACAGAACAGUCACUUAUCACAGAUGUACUGCUCUAUUUUCCCUCAAAUAUCUUUAAAUUUCCAUUCUCGAAAAUAAAUUUAAAAAUUAAAAUUUUUUUUUUUUUUAAAGCAUCUCAUUUUAGAAGAUAAUGGAAAAUGGCAAAGGCUUGCUUUAGUCAGCUUUCAUUCUAUGUGUACUUCCUGAACCCUUUCUCUGAGUGAAGCUCUCUUCUGUGACGCUGGGCCAGGUAAGGCUAUGUGCAGAGGAGACCUGACUUUGGGAACUUACUGUCUCUUGGUCAGGUAAAUCCUUUGAUCUCCAAAGGGAAAGAAAGACAUGCUGUUUGCAUGGUUUAGAAAAGCAUCCCUGUAAAUUCAAAAGAGAGAUGAGCUGAUUACCUAGCCCUGCCUCUGUUACACGUGAGUGUAAAAUUUAAAUUACUUUGACUUUUAUUCAUAAUAUACAUGGGGAAGGGAAAAUAUAUUUGAGUGUUUAUCUUUGUGCCACAUCCUGUGCUACGAACUUUAUAUAUAUUAGGAAGUUGGUAUCUGUAGCCUCAUUUUACAGGCGAAAGAAACGUAAAUCUGAAGGAGCUCAUUUACUCAAGGCUGCAAAGUCUGUUCUUCCUGUUCAUAGGUGCAGAUGUAAUGAAGGACAUGAUAUGAACCAAUUCAUCUGGUAUUUAUUGCACGUAAUUACAGUAGGCAUCCAGAAGAGGAGAUGGAGUGUUCUUUAUCUAGUCCCUUCAGAAUGCUGGUGUCAUGGGGGAAGGGCACACACUACUUUUAAAUUCUGGAAGCCUUAUAAAUCCUGGAAGGCUUCAUAAAGGAGGAGAGACAUUCAUUUAUCUUGCAGCACACCCCCUUGAGUGUGCUUAUUGUGUCAGGCACCCUGGUAGGGACUGGGGACUCAGUGCUAAAGACGACAAAGUCCUUCUGUUGUCAGAAGGUGAUGGUGAUUUCCUGGUGGGCAAAGCCGUGGGAGGGGAGAACAAGGGUGGGUAUCGAAGUACGCUGGAGGAGAUGAAUCUUGAGAAAAGGACCUGGCGAAGAGCUCAGCUGGGAGUGACGCUUGUCCAGGUUUCCUUCCUGAAAUGGAGGACUGUGCGCAGAUAUAAGGUGGUGGAUAAAAUGUAUAGGAAGAAGCAAUAAGGAAUGCUUUUAGGUACAACCUGUGUUUCCUUUUUGGAAACCCCAUGUGAAUUGUGAGCUCCCUCAAGGUUCCUGACUGCGGACCUCUCACUCUCAGGCCACACCAAGUGGCCAGUGGCCACAGUAUCUCAAGCCUGGUUUCUUCUUUCAUCACUAAAGAUGGCAAAGUAAGGUCAUGGGCAAACCUUGUUCUUACAGAUAAAGCCUUUAUGUUAGGCAUUUCCAAAAAAGUAUUUGCCUCUUCUGACACAGUUUUAAUUUACACAGCAAAGUAGGGAGCCUGCUCUGAGGAAAUACGACUCCCCAUGAUGAAUAUUAGAUGUUGAAUGGCCUUUAACAUGUCAUGCAUGUAUUACUGUGCCAGCUUGUCUUUUUCUAAAUGUCAGGUCAUCACUGUUAAUUUUAUAUGUUUAAAAGAUUUGGGUGAAUUCCAGGUGUAACACUUUGGUUUUCAUUUUUACAUUUCAUAGUAGUUGAAAGGCUCCAUGGUAUUCUUGAUAGAUGCUUGUCUGCAUCCAUACUGAUGAAGAACAGUAGAGUAUAUUAAAUUAAAGGUUGUUGGCUGGUUGGUUGGCGGUGACUUGCUUUCUGUUUUCUGUUCACUAGAUGAUGCUUGGAGGAUGUAAUCUUCAUACUGGUUAUCAAUCUGAAGGUUUCCCUUUGUUCUGUCAGUAAACCUUACUGGUUAACAGAUCCUUGUUUUUAACCACUGGUUUUCAGCCCUGCUGUGGGGCAGAGCUACACUGCAGUCCAUUUGAUACUCAACUCCCAGCUGCUCAUUUGAGCCACCUGGAGAGUUGGGACAAUGGCCAUCCUCCAUUUCCACCAGAGAGCACUCUUCAGGCACUUUUAAUGUACAGCCAAGGCCUGGAGCGUUGUUAAGCGUCACACUGCCAAAGUGAAAGCUGCUGGAGAACUCAUAAUCCCAGGAACGCCUCUUCUACUCCCGAGUACCCCAGUGACCAGAGUGAGAGAAACCCUGAACGAGGGCACGCAGCUUGAAGGACUUUGGGCAGAUGUGACCAGGAGCCUGCGUUAAGCUCAAUGAAUGACCCUUGCUUGCUCCUUGGAUGUGCGUACCUGUUUUGGAAAUGAGUGGACCAGUGCUGAAGACUGCCCUAGACAGAUGAUUAUGAGUCCAUGCCGGGGGCUGAAACCACUGCUGAGGGAGAGGUUUUUCACCAAGGACUUACCUUUGAGCUGGAAUCAUUUGGACAAUGGUAGAUGGAGUAAUGAUUCUUCCUGUGCUUAUCAUAAUUGCUCUCCCCUCCCCUAGUAUGGAAGAUGAGAAGCCCAAGGUCAACCCCAAACUCUACAUGUGUGUGUGUGAAGGUCUCUCCUGCGGUAAUGAGGACCACUGUGAAGGCCAGCAGUGCUUUUCCUCACUGAGCAUCAACGAUGGCUUCCAUGUCUACCAGAAAGGCUGCUUCCAGGUUUAUGAGCAGGGAAAGAUGACCUGUAAGACCCCGCCGUCCCCUGGCCAAGCCGUGGAGUGCUGCCAAGGGGACUGGUGUAACAGGAACAUCACGGCCCAGCUGCCCACUAAAGGAAAAUCCUUCCCUGGAACACAGAAUUUCCACUUGGAGGUCGGCCUCAUUAUUCUCUCUGUAGUGUUCGCAGUAUGUCUUUUAGCCUGCCUGCUGGGAGUUGCUCUCCGAAAAUUUAAAAGGCGCAACCAAGAACGCCUCAAUCCCCGAGAUGUGGAGUAUGGUACCAUUGAAGGGCUCAUCACCACCAAUGUUGGAGACAGCACUUUAGCAGAUUUAUUGGAUCAUUCGUGUACAUCAGGAAGUGGCUCUGGUCUUCCUUUUCUGGUACAAAGAACAGUGGCUCGCCAGAUUACACUGUUGGAGUGUGUCGGGAAAGGCAGGUAUGGUGAGGUGUGGAGGGGCAGCUGGCAAGGGGAGAAUGUUGCCGUGAAGAUAUUCUCCUCCCGAGAUGAGAAGUCAUGGUUCAGGGAAACGGAAUUGUACAACACUGUGAUGCUGAGGCAUGAAAAUAUCUUAGGUUUCAUUGCUUCAGAUAUGACAUCAAGACACUCCAGUACCCAGCUGUGGUUAAUUACACAUUAUCACGAAAUGGGAUCGUUGUACGACUAUCUUCAGCUUACUACUCUGGAUACAGUUAGCUGCCUUCGAAUAGUGCUGUCCAUAGCUAGUGGUCUUGCACAUUUGCACAUAGAGAUAUUUGGUACCCAAGGGAAACCAGCCAUUGCCCAUCGAGAUUUAAAGAGCAAAAAUAUUCUGGUUAAGAAGAAUGGACAGUGUUGCAUAGCAGAUUUGGGCCUGGCAGUCAUGCAUUCCCAGAGCACCAAUCAGCUUGAUGUGGGGAACAAUCCCCGUGUGGGUACUAAGCGCUACAUGGCCCCCGAAGUUCUAGAUGAAACCAUCCAGGUGGAUUGUUUCGAUUCUUACAAGAGGGUCGAUAUUUGGGCCUUUGGACUUGUUUUGUGGGAAGUAGCCAGGCGGAUGGUGAGCAAUGGUAUAGUGGAGGAUUACAAGCCACCAUUCUACGACGUGGUUCCCAAUGACCCAAGUUUUGAGGAUAUGAGGAAAGUAGUCUGUGUGGAUCAACAAAGGCCAAACAUACCCAACAGAUGGUUCUCAGACCCAACAUUAACCUCUCUGGCCAAGCUAAUGAAAGAAUGCUGGUAUCAAAAUCCAUCCGCAAGACUCACAGCACUGCGUAUCAAAAAGACUUUGACCAAAAUUGAUAAUUCCCUCGACAAAUUGAAAACUGACUGUUGACAUUUUCAUAGUGUCAAGAAGGAAGAUUUGACGUUGUUGUCAUUGUCCAGCUGGGACCUAAUGCUGGCCUGACUGGUUGCCAGAACAGAAUCCAUCUGUCUCCCUCCCCAAAUGGCUGCUUUGACAAGGCAGACAUCAUACCCAGCCAUGUGUUGGGGAGACAUCAAAACCACCCUAACCUCGCUCGAUGACUGUGAACUGGGCAUUUCACGAACUGUUCACACUGCAGAGACUAAUGUUGGACAGACACUGUUGCAAAGGUAGGGACUGGAGGAACACAGAGAAAUCCUAAAAGAGAUCUGGGCAUUAAGACAGUGGCUUUGCAUAGCUUUCACAAGUCUCCUAGACACUCCCCACGGGAAACUCAAGGAGGUGGUGAAUUUUUAAUCAGCAAUAUUGCCUGUGCUUCUCUUCUUUAUUGCACUAGGAAUUCUUUGCAUUCCUUACUUGCACUGUUACUCUUAAUUUUAAAGACCCAACUUGCCAAAAUGUUGGCUGCGUACUCCACUGGUCUGUCUUUGGAUAAUAGGAAUUCAAUUUGGCAAAACAAAAUGUAAUGUCAGACUUUGCUGCAUUUUACACAUGUGCUGAUGUUUACAAUGAUGCCGAACAUUAGGAAUUGUUUAUACACAACUUUGCAAAUUAUUUAUUACUUGUGCACUUGGUAGUUUUUACAAAACUGCUUCGUGCAUAUGUUAAAGCUUAUUUUUAUGUGGUCUUAUGAUUUUAUUACCGAAAUGUUUUUAACACUAUACUCUAAAAUGGACAUUUUCUUUUAUUAUCAGUUAAAUUCACAUUUUAAGUGCUUCACAUUUGUAUGUGUGUAGACUGUAACUUUUUUUCAGUUCAUAUGCAGAACAUAUUUAGCCAUUACCCACGUGACACCACCGAAUAUAUUACUGAUUUAGAAGCAAAGAUUUCAGUAGAAUUUUAGUCCUGAACGCUACGGGGAAAAUGCAUUUUCUUCAGAAUUAUCCAUUAUGUGCAUUUAAACUCUGCCAGAAAAAAAUAACUAUUUUGUUUUAAUCUACUUUUUGUAUUUAGUAGUUAUUUGUAUAAAUUAAAUAAACUGUUUUCAAGUCAAA